AUGUCCUACGUAGCUGCUGGCUCCGCAAAUUGCAGGCGCGGUAUGCAUGCUGGUGCCCAGAAGUGUGGAUUAACUGGUUCUGCUGUAAGACUGCUUCAAGAUCAGGAGGUUGAAAAUAUCCUUCCUUUGGAGGGUUCCUUCUUUGGCUCACAUAAAAGGGUUUCUUCUUUGGUGGUGGCGGGCACACCAGAGCCGCCGACUGGUUUGCCUACUGCUGUUUUUGGUAUGUAUGCCUGCCUGUCCAUUUAUAAGAGGUCGCGCCAGCUUGCUAUGGAAGGUGUGCUGUUUGACUCAUCCAAUCGUGCGGUGGAAGCAACUAAAGGUUGCUAG